AUGAGAGUUGCAAGAAGUGAUAAGUACAACAUACAAGUUAUAUUUAAUCUCUGUGUGAUUUUUAACUGAAAAAAUAUUAUGGUUAUAUACGACGAAACAAGCUCUGAUAGCUAUGAGUAUUUCGUUGCAAUGGCUAAACAAUUUAAUGUGGAAAUUGUAAAUAGUCCGAAAUAUAGAUUGAUUGACACUUACUACACAAUGGAUAUGUACCAGGAGUGAAAAUGGUGGUUUGAAGGCAAUGUAAACUUAAAGGCUAGACUUGUGGUGCCUUUAUUGAUUCCUCCUUAUGGCUUCUAUGUAACUGAAAGUCUUUAUGAUACAGGAAUGAGAAGAGGCGAUAUUAUUGUCCUCUCUAAUUCUCGUAUUGCCUAUUCUUUACAGUGACUAAAUGACCCUAUCCAAAAUAAAAAAAUAAUUGAAAUGUUUGAUGGAGCAGUUAUCGCUACACAUGAGUGAAUUGGAGAAUAUGGAGAAAUGCUAAAAAAGAGUUCAAUAGGCAUUAUUCUAAUUCAACAGAUUUUCGUUGUUUAG